AUGAUGGCGAAUACACAGUGAUCAUCACCAAAGACUCAAUAAGUGCAUCACGUUCUGUCAAAGUCACUGUUCUUGAGUAUGACCGUAAUUGGCGGGACAUAGAUUGGAGGAAAAAUUUGGACAUUAAGCUCGGCCUAGAGGACAUGACACUUAAAAACCCAGAAACGAGACAUGUCCGUUUGCUGCUGCACGGGCCUGUGGGCUCUGGCAAGUCCAGCAUCAUCAACUCCAUCAACAGCAUCUUCCAGGACCGGGUGAUGAUUGGAGCACUGGUCUCAGCCACACCCGGCUCCACCUUCACCAGAAAUUACAAUACCUAUGAAAUCACCACUAAGCAGGGCAAAGCAUUGCCGUUUGUGUUUAAUGACAUCAUGGGGCUGGAGACUAGCAAUAAGGAAGGCAUACACCCCACAGACAUCAUCAGUGCCAUAGACGGACACAUCCCAGAAGACUACAGGUUUGUCCCUUCGCAGCCACUGUCAAGUGAGGACUCGCAGUACAAGAGAAGCCCUGCGCUGUCUGACAGGGUCCACUGCCUGGUCAGUGUGGUGGCUGCUGACAGAGUGUCCGAAGGCUUGGACGACUAUCUGGAGAAGAUGCGGGAGGUCAGGAAGCACGCCAGUGAAUUAAAGAUUCCUCAGGUGGUGUUUAUGACCCGUGUGGAUUUGCUCUGUCCCUUGGUCGCGGCUGAUCUGCAGUCUGUCUACUCCAGCAAACAAAUAAAGCACAAAAUGGAGGCUUACAAAAAUGCGCUGGGUGUCCCCAUGACCUGCAUCUACCCUGUGAAAAACUACCAUGAGGAGACCAGCCUGGACACCAAUAUGAACAGCCUGAUUCUGGAUGCACUGAAGAACGCUGUCAUGUAUGCAAACGAUUAUGUGGGAAGGCUACACAAGUCCUCAGAAACACACCACCAACAGCCAGUCAUGCACACAACGCGGUCAAACACUUUUGCACAGCAAAUGGAGACACACGCACCACAUUUGGACACGCCACAACCACAAGAACUGCCCACACUCUCUACCAACAAUGAUGCCACAGAUGCAGUGUGUACAGCUUUAGGAGAACUGGACACUGAAUGGAGAGAAAUGGACUGGGCCACUGGCAGCAGGAACACUAUGGAGACAUCCCUGAGGAAAUUCCAGCUGUUGAAUCCGGAGCUGAAGCAUCUGCGUAUCCUGCUGCAUGGCCCAGUGGGGGCUGGCAAGUCCAGCCUCAUCAACUCCAUCGACACCGUCUUCCAGGGCCAGGUCAGCGCCCGGGCUCUGGUGGCCGGCAUGGAGUCUAACAAGUGCUUCACCAAGAAGUACAAAACUUAUGCGUUUCCGAAUGGGAAUUCAGGAAACCUUCCCUUUGUCGUGAACGACAUGAUGGGUCUUGUGAAAGGAAAUUCGGAUGGAGUACAAGUGAAUGACAUCAUCAGUGCACUGAAAGGCCACUUGAAAAAUAACCACAAGUUCAACCCUGAAUCUCCCCUGUCUGAGGGAGAUCCUGACUACAACUCCAACCCCACCCUGAAUGAGCGGGUGCACUGUUUGGUCAGCGUGGUCUCCAUGGAUACCAUCAGCCGCAUGGACGAUGACAUCAUCACCCAGAUGCAGGCCAUCAGAGAGGCAGCCAGUGACCUGGAUAUUCCACAAGUCAUUGUCUUGACAAAGGUGGAUAAAGCUUGCCCGUUGGUGAAACAGGACCUGAGGAAGAUCUACUUCAGCGAGAAGAUUCAGCAAAUGAUGAAUGAGUGCAGUCUUAAACUCAACGUCCCCAUGAACUGCAUCUUCCCGGUGCGAAACUACCAUAAAGAGACUCGCUUGGAUCAGGAGAUGGACUGCCUUGUCUUAACUGCACUGAAACAAAUUGUUCAUUUUGCCAAUCAAUAUGUUAAGGAGAAUUUUACCUAAAUAGGCCCACCUUCAAAGAGAUGGAGCACUCGAUACCUUGCCUUCAUGAAGCCACCUUAGGCCUUUGUGUGUGUGCUACUACUACAUGAUUAUGCCCACUAGGGCUGCACAAUUAAUCGAAAAAUAAUCAAAAUCGUGAUAACAUAGUGAAAUCGAACUCAUGAUUUUAAUCGUGAUUUAAUCGUGGCAAUAGUGACCUACUUUUGAG